AUGUUGGACAGCGAUGGGUUCGAGUUACUGUGGCAGCAGGACAAUACACGAAUGGAGGUCAAGAGGGAUCCGAGCUGCCGCGUCUUCGAGUAUCGACUUGUAAUUGAUCUGGAGCAACCGCUGAGCCAGGCCAUGUCCCACUUUGAGGAGGUGGACCUCAUACACAAGGUUCAGAAGCAGCUGUGCCAGCCCGUGAGAACUCUGGGCAGCGCAUCUCCUUGGCAAAAGGUGUACAUGAUGUGCUUCAAUAUUGCGGUCUUGCGGAUCGAGGUGCUGCAUGAGCUGUUCCGAUACAGGGAUGAGACGAACGGCUUUAUCUUGGAAGGCAUCCGCACAGAAUUUGACCAGACAGCCUUGGAUGUAACUGCUGUUUCAGGUCGGUGGGAGCUAGGUCCCAGCGAAGUCCUGGCGCGCCAUCCGGCCGUGGAGCAUCACAGCAAAUCUCUGGAAGCCGCAUGA